AAACAUAAACAAUAAAUAUAAAAACCAAAAGGACUCGCCCACAACUUUGACGUCUAUCAGUUGCGACUCAUGUGUUGAUGUGACGUCAACAUUAUUUGCUAGGGUUGUCUUUCGAUAGAUUUUUGAGAGUGACAUCAUGUUUCAUGGGAUACCAGCCUCGGGAGGAAUGGGAGGAGCCCCAGCCAAUAAACCAGAACUGUAUGAAGAAGUGAAGCUGUACAAAAAUGCCAGAGAAAGAGAAAAGUACGAUAACAUGGCAGAGCUGUUUGCUGUAGUGAAGACCCUUCAAGCCCUUGAGAAGGCAUACAUCAAAGACUGUGUCACUCCUAAUGAGUACACAGCAGCAUGUUCCAGACUGCUAGUGCAGUACAAAGCUGCUUUCAAACAGGUCCAGGGUUCUGAUGUUGGAACCAUAGAUGACUUCUGCAGAAAGUAUAGACUUGACUGUCCACUGGCCAUGGAGAGAAUCAAGGAGGACCGACCAAUCACCAUCAAGGAUGACAAGGGCAACCUGAAUCGCUGCAUUGCAGAUAUAGUCUCCCUCUUCAUCACAGUGAUGGACAAACUGCGUCUUGAGAUCAGGGCCAUGGAUGAGAUCCAGCCUGACCUGAGGGAGCUCAUGGAGACCAUGAACAGGAUGAGUAACAUGCCCCCUGACUCAGAGGCCAAGGAUAAAGUCAGUCUCUGGCUGACCACUUUGAGCAGCAUGUCUGCCUCUGACGAACUGGACGACUCACAAGUGCGGCAGAUGCUCUUUGACCUUGAGUCGGCCUACAACGCCUUCAACCGCUUCCUGCACUCCUCCUAGGCCACUCUGCCCUUUGUGUUCUGGCUAAACUGUUCUUGUCCCUCUCCCUCUCCUUAGGCCCCUCUCUACUCGCUCCUCUCACCCAUAACACUCUUCUGUUUGUUUAACACACCCUUCUCUCUCCAGUAGUAAACAUAGCAUAAACUCCCCGCCCCAAGACUUGUAAUGAGUAACCCUUUUAAAUACACUCUCUCUCUCUCUCUCUCUCUCCCCUUUAACCCCACUGAUGCCACUGUCUAUAGAAUGCUAUCGUUGUUACAAUACAGUGCAGUUUGAAACUGUUCUGUCCUGGCUUGAAUGCAGUGGUCCCCUGUCUUUGAGAAUGUUGGUGUGUUUUUAUAAGUCUUGUAACUAGGAGUAACAAAACAAAUGGAAUACUAACUGGGAAAAGACCCUUUGGACUGGAGAAGCAUCUGGGUCAGGUAGUCUCUGUUUUUACCAUGUUUUUUUUUUUUUACCAUAGAUGAAGGAAAUCAGAUUGAUAGUGAGAGAUGUUUUUCUCUUUUCUUUCUUAAUUAGAAAUUUCAGAUCUUUUUUUCCCCAAUUACAUUUGGAACUAUUAGAUGACAUUUCAUUUGGACCCAAAAAGAGUUCUGGUUUUCUUAAUAGAAUCAAUCACCGGAUAAGAAGCAAAAAGAUACUUUGCAACAAUUCCUGUCCCACAUUGUCACCAUUCAUAAAUUCACAAUUCAACAUGUACCUUUCUCUACCCAACACCCAAGCCCACACUGGACAGGGUUUGUUGUAUCUUUGAAAGUGACUGCAGUUAUGUACAACUUGGAACCAAUAUCCCACAUCUGCCAAUGAACACAAUGUCCCACUCCUUACACAAAACACUUUACCUUGACCAGUUGUUGCUUUUGAGCCUGGCAUAGGACAACAUAUUGUUUUAAUGUAUAUAUUCUGCCAUUAAUAAGGAAAAUAAACACCUUGCAAUCAUCCCAUAGUCAUAAACAGCUAACUAUAUUGCACACACCCUUGUGAGGAAAUGUUGCGCCGCCUUGUAAUAGCUUUUUUUUUCUUCAUUUUAGCAAUUUAACAUUAUCAUAGGCUAAUUUCUUCCAUGUGUUUAUACAACUCAAUUCUUUUCCAAAGCUAGAUCAAGUCAUUCGAGGAAGGUUCUUAUGAUUGUGGGGGUUUUGGCUUUUUCACAAAUAAAAACAGUGCAUAUUUAUUUAAAUUCCCUCUUUGUAAAUAAAACAGUUUUAAAUAAAAGCAUGUAAACAUUUUUAGAAAUUAUAAAUAAAAACCUACCUCUGAAAUGUA